AUGGCGGACGAGAACCCGUUCAGGGUGCCCCCGGACGACCAGAUCUUCGUCAUCCGCGAGCAGGAGAGGCAGAGGCGUGCCGAGGAGAGGGAGGCGCGGAAGGCGCAACACGUCUGGGAGAAGACCACCGCCUGCUCCCGCGUGGCCAGGAACUUCCGGGUGGACCCCGGGCCCGAUGACGUGCCGGAGCUCAGCAUCUCCAAGGGCCGUGGAGGCAGCCGCAUGGAGGUGUCGGUGGGGCGAGACUCCCGGCGCGAGAAGGAGAACGUGCAGGAGUUCGUGGCCAAGAAGAGAGAGAUGUUUCUCGUGCAGAUGAGCUUGGACGUCAAGAAGGCUGAGAUCGUCAAGCUCGACGAGAGGGCCAAGGCGAAAGAGGAGGCUCUGAAGAGGUCGCAGCAGAUGCUCGAGGAGGACAUGACGAGGUUUGACUCCUUCUUGUCGACCAACGACUCGAAAGCGCACAAGGCGAUGAAGAAAGCGGAAGACAUGACCAAGCAGAAGCAGGAGAAGAUGCAGAAAAUAAAGCAGCUCAAAUCCCAAUUGAGUGCCAUUCAGAGUGAGAUCGCAAAGCACCAAGAGCAGAAAAAUGAGUGUCACAAGUUCAAAGGUUUUUUGGACAAGUUGACGCCACAGGAGUGGAAGGACCAGAAGGACCAGGAGAAGAAAGACAGGAAAAAGAUGCGCAGGCAGAGAGCCGUAGAGAGAAGGAUGGCGGAUGUGCAGAGCAAGAUGCAGGCCGAGCUCGAGGCUGAGGAGAGGGCCGCCGAGGAGAAGGAGAGGGAGACCGCGCGGAGCGGGAACCGCCGGCGGCAGCAGCGGAAGGACGUCGAGGAGGAGGCCAAGGAGAAGGAGAAGGAGGCCGAGAGCAGACGGCGCCGCAUCAGGAAGAAGUAUCCGACGCAGGAGCAGAUCGAGGCAGAGUACGAGGACAUCUCCAGUGGUGAGGAGACGCCCCUGUACUUCGAGGAACCCAAGCAGCUCCUGGACGUGUUCACGACGCUGGAGGAGCAGAACUUGUUCCUGAUACAAAACCUCCAGGACAAGGAGGAGAUGGAGGAGUACUGGAAGGAGAAAAACAAGGACCUUACCAGGACGGCCACAGAGAAGAUCGGCAAGCUGAAGCAACGCAUGGAGAAACUCGAGCGUGAUCUCGCAGAGGAACACCAGAAGUGCGAGGAGUUGCGGCUGCAGCUGUCGCAGGGUAGAGGCGAUUCCCUCCAGAGAGAGAUGUUAAAUGAGCUGGAGAAGCGGGUGCAGGAGGUAAACGCCGCGAUCGGUAGCGAGGUGGACACCGAGUCGAAAGCUCUGGACAAGCUCACCAACAUCGAGGCCCGGCUCGAGGUCUUCCUGAAGGUCUUGCACGAGGCGGAGGCCUCGGGCGACAAGGAGACGGUGGACCUGCUCCGAGAACUGGAGCGCAACAAGGAAAAGGAUCGGCGCGAGCUCGUGAAGAAGCAGAAGAAGGAGCAGGCCGAGAAGAAGAACGCGGACCGCCUGGAGGCGAGCCUUCAGCGCUCGGAGGCACCAGUUCACAAGAAGGUCGGGAAGCAGCUGAUGUUCCGUUCGCGCCCCCUGAUCCAGACGAAGCGCGUCGAGCAGGAGGACGACGGGUACGAGGAGGCCGUGAAGGACUACGCUUUGUUCGGGAUCUGGAUGAACCGGAAUAAGGACGACAUACCGGAGGCCUCCACCCCGAAGAGGGAGGGCUGA